AUGGCACAAAAGGCCGUCGACAUGUACAACAAGGACGACUCCAGCUUCUAUCCAAAGCCAAUCGGGACGAGUGCGGUCAAGCCUAACAAUCGUAUAGACUAUCACACCCACGCCAACUUUCUCAAGAUGCUCAAUGGAGAAGGUUUGAAUAAUCUUUUCAAAAGAUGGCAUGUGUCGUUCUGUCGCCGACUUGAAGCUUUGCAGAUCGGGACAGGGUGGAUCGGGGGGCAGGACCUGGAAGACUUUUGGACGAUGCAUCUUACGGCCGCGCUAAAUGAAGCUAUGUCAGGGCCGGUACUCGAGCGUGUGAAUGCUAAUUUCACUCGCGACUUCGUAGACUAUCUGCCGUACGUCCAUAAGCUAAUGAUGGGCCUGCCAAAGUGGACCAUGCCUCGAGCGUAUGCGUUGAGAGAUAGCCUCAUCCGAGACGUCAAGACCUGGCACAACCUGGCGAGAGAGAAUUUCCAUCAGUCGGAGGUAGAAAAAGAUGGCGGGGCUGAUCGUUGGUGGGGCCUAGCAACUAUGCGCGAAAGACAGGAAAUCUUGAAGGAGGUUGAUGAUUGGGAUCAAGACUCCAUUGCCUGUUCUGACUUUGGUCUUCUCUGGGGCGCCAACGUCAACGUGCACACCGCUGCCAUAUGGAUGAUAAUCGAAAUCUUUCGGGAUCCAGACUUACUGAUACGGGUCCGAUCAGAGCUUGAUACAAUGACAGAAUCGCCGGAGAACCACUGUCGCUGGAUCGAAAAGCUCAUGGAGCUUCCACUGCUGCAGUCUAUAUACGCAGAAGUAUUAAGACUACGGGUAGAUGUCCAAACUGUGUUUCGCAAUAAUCUUGACGACAUUCGUGUCAAUGAAUGGGUUUUCCCCAAGAAGAGUCUACUUCUCGUCCCUACAAGACCAGCGCAUAGGGAUGAAGACUACUGGAACACUCGGCACGGGAGAUACCCCCUGGAUCGGUUCUGGUCGGACAGAUUUCUCGCUUAUGCUGGCGAUGCUGAAAGCGGUCCAUCUAAACACAACAACCGUCGACAGGAAACCAUCAAACACGAACUUGUAAUUAGCAAGGCCAAACCCAAGUUCAUCACUGCUGGCACCUCAGACUCAUGGAUCCCUUACGGAGUAGGUGAUCGUGCUUGUCCUGGGAGAUUCUUUGCACAGCGCGAGAUUGUGGCAUUCUGUGCAAUCAUGGUUCAGAAUUUUGAGAUUGAACUUCCAUCUUUGAGCACGGAAGAACAUGUGCUGAACAAUGAUGUGUUCUAUGGCUUGGGUGUUCAGCGGCCCAAAGCAGUCAUGCCGUUUCGGAUUCGACGAUUGCAACGCCCGCAAUGA